UGCCGUCUUGGGCGACCGUUGAUUUAGUCCUCGACUCUGCUGUUCCUCUUAUAAUGAACAGCAUGAUGGGGCGUACGAAGAGAACACUCAGCAUGCAUCGAGACUUGGCACGCCUUGCUAGGGAUGUAGCGGCCUAGACCGAACCUCGGCCAGAAGAGAGAAACCAGAACAGAAACUACAAAAGGAGGGUGAUAGCAAAAAGUUCGAAUCCUUCUUUCCAUCGCCCACGCCUCCCUCUCUUAUCGCGUUCCGUUGUGCAGAAUCGUGCAGUGGGCUGUCUUUGAGUCGGACGGCCACCGAAAAAGAAGAACGCCAGACUAGUUGCUAUGUCCGUCCUUUCUUUUACCGCAGAUUUCCAUCAUCUUACUCGAUAACUUUCUCCCAGCCUUCAAAGAUGGAAAAGCGCUGCUCCGGGAUUUGUACACUUCCACAAGAGCUCGUCGACAUCAUUAUCGACGAGAACCAAAACGAUAAGGCCGCCUUACGCGCGUGUUCCCUCGUUAGCCGUUCUUGGACAUAUACCUCGCAGCGCCACAUAUAUUCUCAGAUACGAUUCAGUCAUAACAAACGACGCUACUACUACGCGCAAGGACAUAGCCAGCGCGACAUGGAGCAAUUCCACACGCUUAUAUGUGCCUAUCCUCAUGUUGCUACGCUCGUGAGAGCUAUUGAGGUCUCGCCACAUCUCGACGCGCAGCUCCUCGCGCUCAUCCUUGAAAAACUGAUCAAGCUCGAGAACGUGUCACUUGAUCUCUGCGGAUAUCACUGGGACGAGAUUUCGCCAUAUAUGCAGGGCACCAUCCUCGCCACCCUUCGCUCUCCACGAAUAGCCUCUCUCGAGCUGAGAGAAGGAUCGUUUCCUCACUGUGCAGACUUCUUAGCCCUUUUGGGCGCUUGCGGUAGUCAUCUUAAGCAUUUAUCCCUCUCCAAUGUGUCAUGGGAUGACCUGGAAAUAGCACCCACGGCUGCGUUUUCAAGCAGACUGAAACUGCAGCUGGAUUCGCUAGCACUCAGCUUGUAUGAACAUUCCUAUUUUCCGCUGGCGCAGUUGUUAUCUUCGAUCAAUGUUAGUCGUCUCCGACGGCUAUCAGCGCUCACCGCUGGAUCUGCAGAUCUUAAGAAGCGCGCGCAUAUCAUGAAAGAAAUACUCAAGCAGUUGAAUGGUGGACCUUUGAAACACCUCGUGUUGAAUGUUUGUCUUGGAGAGCCAUUAUCCAACUUGAUUGAUAUUUCGCAACUUUGUUCGAUACACAUGAAACUGUGGUGGAUUCGCCCAGACCAGCAUCCAAGGCCCGAAAAUUGGUUACGUUGGUUGACUAUGUCGUUCAGGGAGCUUGCUAAACACGGGGUGUUAGAGGAGGUCACAUUCGAGAUCUUCUAUGCGAGCAAUAUUACCGUGUAUACUGAUGAAUGGGCUGCUCUCGAUGCAGCACUGGGGGGAAUACGGUCAUUGAGAAAGGUCAACGUGAAGGUGGACAAUUAUGAUUGCGCACGAGCACGAUGGAAACGUUCGAAGGAGUAUUCAAGCACUGUCGGAGACGGUGUGAAGGUAAUUCUGCCGACACUAGCCAAACACGGAGUUCUUUCUGUAGAGAUUGCCGCUAGUUUUCCUAACUAAUAUAAUCGGAUCUUAUCACACUAGUAAUGUUCCACAGUCCGUUUGAUGCGAUUUCGGUGCAUAAACGUCCCUAGAAGAAAUGUCUAAC